UUGGAGGAUAGAAUAAUUUCGCGUGGAAUUUCGAGGCGAACGGACGAACGAGGCAGCCCAUUCGCGUUUUUUUCUCGUAUCGAUUGUGAAUUAAAUCUCUGUUAAAAAAAAUAAUAUUCGAUUAUGGCGCGAUUUAAAAGACAAUCGCGGCAACAUCGCGCAGCCCGAUUGGCCGAUCGAGCAGCUCUGGUGGCGAACACACGGAACCAUCAUCGGCACAUUGGACCACAUUGACGGAAUAAAUAACGGACGCAACACGUGAAUAACGCUCGAGUCUCGUGUAAAAUGUCAUGUGUAGCGCUAUUCUGAGGAUCACACGUCGCACAUUUUGUUGGUCAAUGACGAGCGGCUUGCGCGCGUCUUCGUGAGGGAUCCAAUCGUGCUCUCGAGAAAAAUCGCGCAUCAUUGUUGCGUCCGCUGUGGCCUUCGGCUACGUGCUAGUCAGAAUGCGUGCCGACACGUACAUACUGCUGAUUUACCUAUCGUUCGCGAUUUUCGGCGGAGCCGAAAAAAAUGAGAGCGCCUUUGUGGCGACGCACGAGUGGCAGACGGUGAAGAAAGGAACCCCUAUCCCAAAGGGACUUCAUGUGAGACAUAAUUUUAUGACUGGAGUAACAGAAGCUAAAUUAAUGGACGAUGCAGAGGAAGUAAAGGAAGAUGAUGAAACUGUGAAUCGAUCAGAUUCCAAGUCACUGACUCUACAUCCUGAUAAAUCGGUACUAGAGACUGAAGAAGCAGAUUCUGUGGAGGUGAAGAAGAAAUCAAAAUCUUUGAAAUUUCCAAUUGAUGAAUUAAAGGCGAGAUUGGAAAAACUCAAGCAAGGAGAAGCGGACAUGAUAAACACGAAUGAUGGAGAAACCAGAACCAAAACUGGAAAACACUUUAAACGUUUUUAUGAAAUUGUAAAAGAGGAGCUUAAUGCUCUAAAGAUUAAUGUUACAAGUGAUUCCGAAUUAUUAAAAAGAUUUUUUCAGAAAUUUCUCUCUUAUAAAAAUAGUAUCACUGCAGGAACAUUAACCAGUGUAGAAAUUGAAGAAGUUUUGGAUAUUUUGAACAAUUUAGAAUAUCUUCUUCAUCAAAUUGACAACGCUAAAAUAUUCUCAGACAUGGAGGGAUUGAUCAAGAUUAUAUCACCAUGUCUCAAUGGAACUAAUAAUGAGAUAAAAGCAGAAGCAUUACGGCUUUUAGGAGCAGCUGUCCAAUCGAAUCCAAAAGUACAAGCUAAAGCAUUAGAAAAUGAUUUUAUCCAAAAAGUAUUGCACGUUUUAUCCACAAGCAGUAAACCUGAAGUAAAGUCCAGAUGCCUCUUUGCUCUAAGUGCCUUAAUACGUCAGUUCCCUGCUGCUCAGAAAGCUUGGAUCGAUCAUGGUGGUUUACAGCUGCUUGGCAAAAUUUUGUAUGAUGAUCAAUUGCAGAUACAGAUGAAAGCAAUGAAAUUAAUUAAUGAUCUAACAAUUGAGAGACAAAAUUUACAAGAGAUCUAUGAUGUAGAACAGCGCCAACAGAAAAUGAGAGAAUAUGCCAUUACUGAUUUUGAACAAAGGUUAUUGAGGCAUGAUUAUUGUAAACUUUUGAGCAACUUGAUGAUCAAGUGUUUCAAGGAGAAGUUAUCUGGCAAAUUUAGUAUAGAAAAUAAUGAUUUUCUUGAAGUAGUUUCCGACAGCAUGAUUACAGUAUCUCCUAUUUGUAAAAAUGAAUUCAAAGAAAUUAAGCUUCUGCUCAUACCUGUCAUAGAUAAUCUCUUGCAUUUAUAUAAAAAUCUGAAUAUUAAACUCACCGUCGAUGAAACCGACGUUUUAAAGAGUUUAAUAUUGCUGAUUGAAAGAUUGAAAGUUACUAUUUCUGAAACACCUCAUGAUGAACUGUGAAUAGUUUGAGUUUAUAUCUAAAACAAUCAAAUAUAUACGAAAGUUCUCAGAGAUUUUAAUUCCAGCUUUGUGUUAAAACUGAUGUAAAAUUAUAAUCAUGCACCAGGUGCAAUAAUAUAGAA